AUGUAUAUCUCAUCAUAUAUGUUAAUACUCUCUCUUUUUUCUCAAGGUUUUCUAAUCUCAGUUUCAAAAUCUCUGCAAAAAGCAGAUGAAGAUAUGUUGCUAACUGCAAUCAAUCUAGGAAGAACCCUUCGAAAUGGAGAUAGAACUGAAAAGAGAGGAGCAGUGCCUUUGCUGAAACGUUAUAAGAUUGAGGAAAGCUUCUUGGAUGAAGACGAUGACAGAAGAUUAAAGUUUUUUGACACUGAUUCCAGACAUGAUUUCUUAAAUCAUGGUGUACCUAUCAGUGCAGGCAGAAAGCAACUACCUUAUCUUGCACUGAAGGGAGCCAUUGCUUUUCCAGCUGACACUGAAAUUCAGAAUAUUGAAUCAAUACAGGAAAGAGAGACAGUGGAAGAAGAAAAUUCAGCUAAAUUCCCCAUAGGAAGGAGAGAUUUUGACAUGCUCAGAUGCAUGCUGGGAAGAGUCUAUCGACCUUGUUGGCAAGUCUGA